AUGCCGUUGUUCGUGUCGGUUCAAAAAUUGCCGUGGCAUAAACGCCUCUUUCGCAAACUAUUCACCUCGAACAGUUAUUACAAAUCAAUGCAGCCGAUGUUUUGUACAACCUUCGUGUCCGGUGUUACACCCUUUCGCAUUGUCAGCCUUCCGAAUGGCGGGAAAAUUUUAAAAACUUCCUAUUUUGGUUAUUUAAAUCUGGUGGUUCAUGUCAUUUUGAUGGCCUAUUGUUAUGCCUACACCAUGCAUCAUCAUGAAUCCGUGGUCGGUUAUUUGUUGAGUACGAAAGUAUCGAAAUAUGGAAAUUAUUUGCAUGUCUGCAGUGGUAUUGUGGGUGCAACUGUAUUGCCCGUAGUCGCCAUAAUUCGAAAAAAGACUUUGGAGAAGUCUUUUAAUCUUUACUUGGAAGUCGAUAGACAUUUCGAUCGGAUAAAUGUCAGUUUGGACUACUCGCAAAUUUUACAAUAUGUCAUAUUUGUGUUGAGUAUGGUGGCAUUGUUCGAUUGCACCAUCACAGUGAUUUGUAUUUAUUGUCUGAAUUCGAUUAGUGUCUAUCCAUCGCCAUGUUUGAUUUUUAUUUCGGUGGCUGAGGUAAUGGGCAUCUCGGUGACCAUAUCAUUAUUUUGUGCUAUGGUUAGAUCGGCCCAGAGGCGUAUGCGUCUCUUGAAUAAGUUUAGUUCAGCCUCGAAAUUAUAA